CUCCUUCCACUUUUACAAGGAAUGUGGGAAUUGAGCUCAGGUCAAUAGGCUUUUGAUGAGUAAUUGACAUACUAAUCUGUUUUUUUCUUACCAACAACAACAAAACCCUAGUGUUUCUUCAAUAAAGAAAGAGAUCGAUGAAACUUGAACCUGAAUGAGACUUCAUGUCCAUCUUUCCUUGUGGUCUUGAUUUCCUAAAUCAUUUUUCUCUUCUGAUCUCUUGCAACUAGGACAUCCCUUUCUCCCAGUAACCUCCUUUCUGCCUGCUAUGCCCUGUGCUUUUUUUUAUAUGGAGCACAUAAAAAACUACAGUCUCUCCUGCCCCCUACCACAUGCAAUUGAGAACUGGGAACAGCCAAUCAGACACUUUAAAGCUAACUGCAGAGACAGUGCCAGGCAUAGCUGGCCUCAAAGGAUGUUUGUUGACUGGGACAGUGGAUAAUUCUCUCCUUGUCUGCUCCUGUCUCACACAUCUGCCAGUGACCAGCUGUGCUGACUUGACCAAGUCAUUUAAUGUCUCUGCCCUUGUCAUCUUCCACACUCUGUGUGGUAUAUAAUGUAUGCCUUCUAGUCAGGACUGUGCUUCCUGUAGAACCUGUAGGCCUAGCCAAGGAUGCACCCUACUCCCCAACCUCAUCCUGGGAGCAACAACUCUCCUGAGGCCUUAACUAAAUUUGAACCCUCUACUUCUUCCCUUACAUCAUCGGUGGGCUCUUAUACGUCACAUGGAAGUGCACACAUAAAGAUGCUGGGAGUAGCCUGGGCAUGAUGAUGCAUGCUGAUCAUCACAGCACUCAGGAGGAGGCUGGGGCAGGAGGAGCAGACUUGGUUCAAGGCCAGUGUGUGCUGCAUGCAUACUGAAAGCUUGUUCGAGAAACAGGGUGGGAGGGGGCAAAAUGGCUCACCAGGUAAAGUAAAGACAUUUGCCACCAAUCUUGAUGAGCUGAGCUCAAGCCCCAUGACCCACACAGUGGAAGGAGAGAACUGACUCCUCCAAGUUGUCUUCUGACUUCCAUGUGUGUCCAUAUAUACAAAUAAAAAACAAAUGUAAAAAGGGGACCAGGCUGGAGAUGCUACAAGUUUAAAUAAAACUUCACCAUCAUCAGGAAAAAGUAUCAUCAGGGCUAUGAAAAUGGAAAACUACUGCUUGAGUUCUUGGUUUUCUAAUGUUGGCAAGGGGUCCUUGAGCGAGUAACCGAGUUACCUGCUUUUGUGGUGUGCUGGGGAUUGAAGCUGCAGUCUGGUGGGUGCUUCACAAGCACCCCUAUUGGUUAUACUCCCAAAUCUACUCUACAGUCCGGAGUGUAGGGGGUGGGGUGGGGUGGGGGCUCAGGCUCAUUAAGUUGUCCAGGAAGGCUUUAAAUUUGCGAUCCUCCUGUCUUAGUCUCCCAAAAAGCUGAAGCCAAGCACAGGUUACUUCUCUGCAUACAUCUCGUCACCUACAAAAUGAGUUAGCACAAGUGAAGCUCUCAGACGUGUGCUAAGCACAUGGUUGAGUGCCCAGAACAGACUCUGUUCUUACCACUUCGACAAAGUUUAAGGAGAAUUACUGAUAGCAGAAAGUCACCUUCAAAGUUAUUUUCUUAUAUGCUGGGAGUUUGGAAGUUUAUUAGAUUUUUUUUCCCCCUAUAUACUCAUUCCCAUAGGCCCUUAGGUGCCAUUUCAAGUCUCAGAUUCUUGUCUUGCUUGACUUGGGGCCAGGGAGGACUGGAGGUAAAGGAUCACAAGUUGGCAGUCCCUAAGGUACAUGGUGACCUUGGAUUUAAAAAUUCCUGAGAUAUUUUUGACAUAUUUGGUAUCUAUCAGAUAUCCACAUUCCUUCUUCUGACUUAUUUAUUUUUGAGGCAGACUUUCUUCAGACUGUAGUUCUUAGCUGCCCUCCAAUGCAAGGCAGCUCUCCUGUUUCAUCAUUGAUAGUAUUGAGAUUGCAGGCCUACGCCACCACGGCUGGCUGACCAGCCCUUCAGAGCACCUCAUACACCCUCAUGUACAGUCCCCCUAUGCCAUAGACAUCUGAGUGUGCGCUGUCUCAGGAGAGGGAGAGAAGGCAGACAAGAGACAGAAGGUUUGGCGUAGCAGGUCUAUGCUGCUUGCUGACCAUGAUGGGACUUGGGGGUGAGCUGUUCUUAGGGGUAUGGGUUCCCCUACAGUCGUCACCCUUUCUGCUUAGGACAUCCGCCACCCUUGGGAGAGUCGCAAGAUGGAGACUAGCCAGCCCUGACUGUCAUUGAGCUCUCUCCAGAUUUCAACUCCAGCAUCUGUCCCCUUCCUCAACCUUCUUCUCAGAACACCAAACUAGACUAGGGCCACCGGCUUCCUUUCCCAGCACGCUGGGCAGAAGCCUACAGUAGCUGCCUCACGAACCUGCCAGAAGCUGGCAGCGGCUUCUUCCCCUCCUGUCGGGAAGAACCUAACAGUAUACCAUUCGAGACAAUUAGAAAUAUUCGGUAAACUCUGGUCCCUUUCUUACCCACCCCAGUGCCUAAUUUCCAACCUCUAAGCUUCCAGCAACCUCUGAAAAGAGACGUGGCAACUUCCAGGCUCCGUUUACUGUUCUUCCCGAGUUUCCAGCUGGCUGCAGAAUAAAGCUGUGCUCGGACUUCCCUCCUGUGAUAUCAACACGCAUUAGCCGGGUCCUAGUCAGCUUGGGCCGCUCGGUCCUCCCUCUCCGCCUUCCCUGGUCUCCAGCCCGGAAUGCCAUCUCCGCCUCUGCGCUCGCUUGGGCUUCCGGUCCGCUCCAGCCCCAGCUGGCCCGUGACGCCUUUCUAAACAACAGCCCGGCUCACCCUCAGCUCCUGGCCCGAAUUUUUCCCAGUCAAGCGUCCCGGCCAAUCCGGCGGGAGCGUCAGAAGCGGUUUCCCCCGGGGGAUUGCAAUCCGAAGAGGAGCACGGCUGUCUUUGGAACUUUCCGGAAUCCCCUGACGCCUGCGCUCCUCGGUCCAGCUCGCUGGCGUUGCAGCGGCAGCCGGUCUGAAGAAGAAGAAACAGGAAGGAUAAAAGAUUGCUGGGACAACCAGGAAGUUCCUGCAUUGUCUACAUGUAGCAAUGCCAAUAUUUUUCGAAGGAUAAAUGCCAUUUUGGAUGAUUCACUGGACUUCAGUAAAGUCUGCACAACUCCCAUAAAUCGAGGAAUUCAUGAUCGAGACUUCCAGGACUCUGAAGAAGCAGUUACAAGCAGGAUGCUUUUUCCCACCUCUGCGCAAGAAUCUCCCCGUGGCCUUCCAGAUGCAAAUGGCUUGUGCCUUGGCCUGCAGUCACUCAGUCUGACUGGCUGGGACCGACCCUGGAGCACUCAGGACUCUGACUCUUCAGGCCAGAGCAGCACACAGUCGGUAUUAAGCAUGCUCCAAAAUCCACUGGGAAAUGUCCUAGGAAAAACCCCCUUGAGCUUCCUGUCUCUGGAUCCCCUUGGGUCUGACUUGGACAAGUUCCCAGCACCCUCAGUUAGAGGAUCUCGCCUGGACACCCGGCCCAUCCUGGACUCCCGUUCUAGCAGCCCCUCUGACUCAGACACGAGUGGCUUCAGCUCUGGAUCAGAUCAUCUCUCAGAUUUGAUUUCAAGCCUUCGCAUUUCCCCUCCUCUGCCCUUCCUUUCUAUGACGGGGAAUGGUCCCAGAGACCCUCUAAAGAUGGGAGUUGGGUCCAGAAUGGACCAAGAACAAGCUGCUCUUGCUGCAGUUACUCCCUCUCCAACCAGUGCUUCAAAAAGAUGGCCAGGAGCUUCUGUGUGGCCAUCCUGGGACCUUCUCGAAGCUCCUAAAGACCCUUUCAGCAUAGAGAGAGAAGCUAGAUUACACCGGCAGGCUGCAGCUGUGAAUGAAGCUACCUGUACCUGGAGUGGCCAGCUUCCUCCCCGAAACUAUAAGAACCCCAUCUACUCCUGCAAGGUGUUCCUAGGAGGUGUUCCUUGGGAUAUUACGGAAGCUGGAUUGGUUAACACCUUCCGUGUUUUUGGUUCUCUGAGUGUGGAGUGGCCUGGUAAGGAUGGCAAGCACCCCCGGUGUCCUCCCAAAGGUAAUAUGCCUAAAGGGUAUGUGUAUUUGGUGUUUGAACUAGAGAAGUCUGUCCGGGCCUUGCUUCAGGCUUGUUCUCAUGACCCGAUGAGCCCAGAUGGCCUGAGUGAAUAUUAUUUCAAGAUGUCCAGCCGAAGGAUGCGCUGCAAAGAGGUGCAGGUAAUUCCUUGGGUCUUGGCUGACAGCAACUUUGUCUGGAGCCCAUCUCAGAGACUGGAUCCCAGCAGGACGGUGUUUGUUGGUGCCUUGCACGGAAUGCUCAAUGCUGAGGCCCUGGCUGCCAUCUUGAAUGACCUAUUUGGUGGAGUGGUGUAUGCUGGGAUUGACACAGAUAAGCACAAGUACCCCAUUGGGUCUGGUCGCGUGACUUUCAAUAACCAACGUAGUUACCUGAAAGCAGUCAGCGCUGCUUUUGUGGAGAUCAAAACCACCAAGUUUACCAAGAAGGUUCAAAUUGACCCCUAUCUAGAAGAUUCUCUGUGUCUUAUCUGCGGUUCACAGCCUGGCCCUUUCUUCUGCCGUGAUCAGGUGUGCUUCAAGUAUUUUUGCCGAAGCUGCUGGCACUGGCGACACAGCAUGGAAGGCCUGCGCCACCACAGCCCCCUGAUGAGGAACCAGAAGAACUGAGAUUCCAUCUAGAGAAGCUGACCUUGCCCAGUGGCCUGUGUUGCCCAAGGCUGGCAAAUCAGGCCUGUACCCUGCACUGGCGCCCAAGGAGCUAGCUUUCUGCAGACAAGGGAAAAUUGUAGUCACCUUUGUACUUGCUAAAUCUGUCUUUGUUUCUGCACUAAUUAAUGCACAAUGAGUUUUGUCAGGUUUUGUUUUCAGGGGUGUGCCAGAGCAAGGACCCUCUGGCUCACCCUCAAGCAAAUGUAGUUUUCCCAGAUUCUAGUUCCUCGUUUUGCAAAUGAAAAGAAAAACAACAACAAACUGUGUGUCCAGAAGGUAUUGACACAGAAGCCUACACCUAAGUUUAUUUAUUAAAGCGCUUUUUACAUUCCUUGCAAUACUGACGGUGGUGAUGCGCAGGUCUCAUUGGUUCAUUCUUGCAGUUGCCAUACAGUGCCUUUCCAUUUAUUUAACCCCCACCUGAACGGCAUAAAUUGAGUGUUCAGCUGGUGUUUUUUACUGUAAACAAACAAGGAGACUUUGCUCUUCAUUUAAACCAAAUCAUAUUUCAUAGUUUACGCUCGAGGGUUUUUACUGGUUCCUUUUUACACUCCUUAAAACAGUUUUUAAGUCAUUUGGAACAAUAAAUUUUUUUUUCUUUUCUGGCAGCUUUUAACAUUAUAGCAAAUUUGUGUCUGGGGGACUGCUGGUCACAGUUGCAAAUCAAAGCAUUUGUAACCAAGGGAAAAAUUAUUUUAUUUAAAACUGGACCGGAGGAAAAGAAAAUUAGGUCUGAGCAGCUGCUGUAUAUAGUUUUAAAUGGUUUGUCGCACCUUCUUACGUUGCACUUACGUGGGGGGAGGGUUGGUAGAAGUUUUUAAUCACAGUCACAGGGUUUUUUCUUUUGUAACUGAGCUUAAAAAAAUUUAAAAAAGGGCUGCUUUUUGGUGGGGGCAGUUGAAGGCUCACAGGAGAGCCCUUUCUCUUAGAGGGGCAAGUACCCUUCCUUACAUCUUUUAUUUGAAGAAUGUAUGAAUCAACAGAGUUGACACAAAAAUGCUACUGGAUUUUGAAACUUGACUUUUUCUUUUUAACUACUACUUGCCCCUCUUAGGGAAGCUGUGUGCCAAAGAACCAGUGUCAUCCCCUCCCUCCUGCUGAGCUGAUGUUGCAUUGUUCAUAUCCCAGCUACUCUGUGGGUUUUGUGAAGCUGUGUGUGAAGUCUCUACCUCAUUGUUGUAUAUGCAGGCAAGACUGCACUCUCUACAGAUGUGUGGAGUAAGCUGUGGUGUACUUUUUUUGGCACAUAAUAAACACGUUG